UUUCAGCUUUCCCUCAGAGCCCAAAGUCCAGCACCAGAGACGGGCCGCGGCCGGCGGAGUUGAUGUCUAUAGCGGCGUUUCUGAACGAGGUCCCGGGAUGGUUUCUGUGGACGGGAGUCUUCUUCCCUGUGACGGCGCUCCUGCUGCUGCUCAUCGCUCUCCUCAGCUGGAAACUCAGAGAGACUGAAAGAGGGUCAGAGACUUCAGAUGAUGAGAGACAGACUGACCAUGAGACUCCUUUCUAUCUUCCAGCAGAGGAAGAGCUGGCCGUGACACCAGACCCUCGGCAAACGGCCUAUCAUCUGUGUUACGGGCCGAGGUGCAGACACAGGACAGAGCGGACGACACGCACAUGAAACACACAGAACACCCAUCUGGAUCACCUGAGACAUCAGAGACGAAUGAGAAACAUGUCAGUAGAAGCGUGAGCACAUCAGGCAGAUUUAUCUACUCAAACUACAGACUGUGGAAGAGACAUAUGGACACUGUUUAGUAAGAAGUCUGCUGUCUUCAGAUGUGUAGUGUUUGUAAUGACUAUAAAUAUGUUGAGGCUCUUCAUUUACUGUUGCAUCAAUCACACACUGUUUCAACUCUCAUGAAUGCAAAAUCAUUUAUGCCCUUUAUAGUAUCCUACGUAACUAUAUCAAAAAUGGCAAACAACAUGAAUGUCAAAGAUGUCUGAGGAAACAUUGUCCUGCUUCAGGCUUCAACUUCACCAGGAUAAAUGAGUAAAAACCACAGAGAGAGAAAUCUCCAGCUCUGCACUAUAUUUAAUGGAGCCACACAGCAGUAUGAAUUCAAGAGGACGUCAUUUCACCCCAGGACACAAAAACAGCACGUACGCUCUCAGUCAUCACAAAACUGUGAAGGGCUUGUAAGGUUUUUGUGUUAUUUCACAGCUUUCUUUAUUAUGAUUGCUCAGUUGCAGCUCAGUAACUGACUAAAGUAAAACUGGCCUUGGAGAACUAAAGUAUUACUGUUACAUUUCAUUAAAAAAAAAUGGUUGAGAAUCUCCAUUUAAAGCCCAUGGUGUGUAUU